GAUACGAGGAUAUCCACUGGCAGCCAUAUUCUGACGAUAUUCUCAGCUCGAUCCCUCGAGAGUACCUCGAUGGGGCACAUCUCUGGCGUGCGCGAGUCCCACUCAUUUACUACAACAUUGUGGAGUGGCACCAGCCAGACAGGGUGCUUCAGCAGUUCGGCCUAGUUCAGCCUAUUCCGUUGCCCCCCUUGCAGACUGAGGAGCUUCACAACGUCCGCUACCGGGGUUCCUCGAGCUUCGCAUAUGAGAUGGACUACUGGGUGCAACUUUGGAACAAUAGAAACGCGUUUGUAGUUCAGGGCCGGCAGCUUCAGCACCCACCCCAUUACCAUUCCCAGUACAUGGACUGGUAUAGGCGUCGAUGCCGGAGAUGGAUUACACUUCAGGGUGCAGAGGCUGGCACUAGUCGCGAUUUGCAGGAGAGAACCCAUGUUACGGGGGAGGCCAGUUCGAGUGCCGCUCGCAGGAUUAGGUUUGCUGCACGAAGUUCUCAGCUUGCUACCAUGGAGGAUCGCAGGGACGUCACACUUCCCCCUCCUGAGCCAGCGGACCAACCAUACCAGCUGCCUCCGCUCCCUCCCUGUCAGGUCGAUUUAAGCUCUAUUAGAGGGCGGCGUCGACAGCCACGCAGAAUGCCUCCACAGCCCCGUCCAGAGCAUGUGUACCCUAUCCCAGAGCCAUUAUUUUUUCACACGGAGGUGGCGGGUACCUCAGACAUACCGCAGCCGGACUACUGGGAAAGACAACAUUACGGGUCAACCUCCGGGCCGACACCCCAAGCAUCAUAUCCACAGUUUCAGGUCCCGCCUGCGUCGAUGCCGUAUGUUGACUCAUUUUUUGGAGAUACGACCUUUACGACCACACAGGAUCGACCAGGGCCAUCUGAGUCACAGGUUUGAGUUACUUUAUUAUUAU